UUGCUAUGAGCACAUUGGAAAUUCGGUUUUCGGCAUAAUCUAAGACCCUGGCAAACUUUAGAGAGUCGCUGUAAGAGGGAACUGAAGGUUCUGUGGCAGACAGCCUAGUUGUUGACUUGUGCAGUGUUCAGUCGUAGGUUAUCAGUGCUGUGGCAUGGACCCUCACUGGAAUGCAGCCUACGGGAGACUGCCUCAUGGGACCAGCAUACCUACCAAUCCAAACCCACUUAGUAGAUAUGAUCUAUUAGAACAGUCAGCCUUAACAGGCCUAGGGUUAUCUCCUCCGCUUCCAGCUCAUUCUAGUCAUCCUCAGGCUCGGGGAUUUGGGGGUCUACCUAACUAUGGUCAUCAUAUACCUGCUCCUGUUGGUCACCACCAACUGCUGGACUCAGCCUUUGCUCAGGGCUUUGUUGGUCAGUCGCCCUAUAAAACUGUACCUGUUGGUCAGCCAGGAUAUGGCCUUGACUCAUCCAGGUCAUUGUCGGAGCACACAGCAAGGGCUCCCAGCAGCAGUAUUCAGAUGUCAAAGUCGGUGUUCAAGGAAACUUUUCCAUCCAGCUCCUCUGCCAUAACGCAAGCCUCAGAGGCCUCAAAGGGAUGGAGUCUCUCAAACUUCCUACCACAGCCUUCCACCCCUUUCAGCCUUGCUACAGAACUGGUGCCCCCAGGUUACCCCAAUGUUAACCCACCACCUGCUCACUCAGGCAUGCUAAAACAGACCAAUGCUCAGCCCACUAUUCUGCACAUCAGUGAUGCCUCUCUCUUGUCCUAUGCAGACACACUAAUUGCUCAGAGUAAAGUCUCUGGUGAUGAGCCAGCAGAGAAUCAUCAGGUGAAAGGAGGGUUUAUAGAGCAGGGAGCGACUAAGUCGACGUAUGCAGACAACCAGGGACAAUCGCGUGGUCAGUUCGCAGACUCGGUGAAAGGGGUAGUUGGUGAUCAUGGUUUUACCAGGACAGAUUCUGUUUUUUCAAAAACUGGCUAUUUAGAAAAACAGCUGCAACAUGACCUGUACGGCCGUCAAGGGAAGGAGUUGUAUAUUCAGCAGCAAGGACUGGGAUCUUACGGUGACUUCAAGCCCAGCUUUACUGAUACGUACACUAACCCUAUCAAAGAGUAUUCUCAGCCAUCCCCUUCCAUGCAGUCACCCCAGCCUAACUCUCCGUAUGUGAAUACCGAGGUCAGACCGAGGAGUUCAUCCUUUUCAGAGCCUCGUAAGGAAAGUGGGAUCAGUGACUCCCCAUCAAACACUGUCUACUCGGAUCCUUCAGGAAGAUACCACAGCAGCUAUGAUAUUCCAUCAACAGCAUCAAGUUACAACUCUUACAGUCAUUCUCCCUCUGUGUACUCAUCUUCAGUGAUCACUAGCAGUAUGAGUGACAGGUAUGACAGUGUCAGCCCCCCAGAAAGACCUGUGACUGACUCUCGAUCCACUGAGCAAGAUCAGUACAACAGUGACCGUGUUAUGUUACAACAGCAGCAAGCAUCAUCAGUCAGCAGGAAGAGUCGCAAACAGUCAGAGAACUUAGUCAUGCAGACCAAUCAACAGAGGCAGGCUGUAGACCCCGUCAUGGCCUUCAAUCAAGUUUUGCAGGCAUCGGUUAUAACUGAGCCUAAAAGACCUUUGAGUUCUUCAGUGAUGCCAACCCCAAGUUCUAACAUCUCUGCACCACCUCAGCAUAGCCCACAGAGGUCUUCAAGUCACAGUAGUCCUUUGAAUGUAGGGAGUCCAUCUAUCCAUCAGUCCCAGCAACAACAACAACAGCAGUCACAGCAGCAGCAUUAUCCAAUAAAGAACAUGGCCUCGUCUACAGUGAUUCAGCAACAGACUGUGGUGCCUGUCCAAGCGGUGCCAGACUCCACCACUUCUAAACCAGCAGCGAAACCAAAGAGGAGUAGGAAAAAGAAGGCUGCUGCUGCAACUGUAAGUGAGAGCAAGAGCUACGUCCCCGUACAGCCUGUUGCCCCAAUGCCAGCCAUGAUUCAGCCUGCUGUGAGAGGGCAGGACAUGGUUCCAAUUCCUCCCCUGCAGCAGAUGCAAACAGACAGUGCCCAGGUGAUGACUGUAGAGCCUCUACAUCAUCAGGCUGUUUCGGCUCCUCGGGUUCAAAUUCAGCACUCCCACCAGCCUGCUGCUACAAUAGCUCAAAGCACUAUAGACAUGCAGACAUUUGCCUCUCUGCAAGCACCCUCUCAACCAGAGCGGGAUCUUCAAGUGCCAUCAUCACAGGACUUUGCCUCCACUAGUGAAGCCAUGGCAAUGUACAUGACCAGUACCUUUGGGACUGGCUUUGUUAACCCUAAUGAUAUUUUGGCAGAAAACAUGCCCCUUGUGGUACAGAAUGAACCUCAGUUGGUACCAGAGGAAGGCCAGGGGUCCAUCAUGAGCCUGGACUCUCAACUUGACUAUACAGCUGCAGGGAACAGGUUACCAACUGGUGCACCUAAACGCAAACCUGGUAAGACAAAAGCGGAAAAGAAACUCAUGCCUGCCACCACUUCACAGAUCUGCAAGGAUGAUGACUUUGAUGAUGAAUUUGCUCACUUGAAAUCUGACCCAUUGGGACCAAGCACUCAUUCUGCUCAAAGCUCCAGUACCAGUCAUUUUAAUAGAACUCAACCAAAUAACAAUACAGGAAACCCUAGUCAUAUUGUUCCCACCCCACCCAAAAUUGCCAAAAUGCCACAGACUGCAUUUCAAGAUUCCUUCCUUGGGUUUCUACAGGGUAAAAAACCAGAGACGCUCUCUAGUGUGACUACAAGUGCUGUGGUAAAGAAGCCUCAAUUACCCAAGUAUAUCCCCAUGGAGACCCCACGUCCACAGCCUCAGGUGCCAAAAAAUAAAAAGAGGCAGGACAGUGGAGAUGGCAGGGCUUUUUCAGAUGACGAUGAUUCCUCCCAAGACAGUAGUUCCAAAGAUAUUUUUAAGACAGUACAGACUGUUAUCUCAAAUAUCAGUGAUUCAGACUCCAAGGACGAAAGCAGUGCAGCUGUUAUAGACCCAUUUAAGGGCAGUAUUUUAAAACAAAUCAAGCAACAGAGGAGUAAAAAGAGGAAAAAGCAGAAUAAGAAAAUGGUGACAGAGGUGGUGUCUUUGGGAAGUGGUGAUGAGGAGGUUGCGGCUGUUGAACCAGAGCGUGAACCAUCUCCCCUCCCUAGAAGGGAGUCUCUAAAGAGAAGUGCAAAAGUUAAGCUGGAGGAAAAAAGGAAGAAGAGACAUGAAAAAAGCAGUAAGCGCAAAAAAACUGGAAGUGACAUAGAUAUUUCGGAUGCCUCAGAGGAUGACUUCAUAGCAAUAACCAGUGAAGAAGAGGGUUAUGAUUCUGACAAGGAUCCAGGAUGGGCACCUGGUGGCGGAGAAGCUGUGCCCAAGUAUGGAUCUGAUUCUGAUGAUGAUAUGAAGGAUAAGAAAAGAGGGAGAAGGGGUAGAGGAAGAGGAACAGCAGCCAAAUCCAGGGUACAGUCAGUAUUUCAUGUGUCAGAACAGAUACCACAGGAAAAGGUGAUUGAUAUUUCUGACAGUGAAGAAUCAACUGGGAAUCCAGUGCAUCACUUUCAGAGGGGAGAGUUUGUUAUCAAAAUAAAGGAUUUGACCAAUUACAAGAACUUCCCCAUCUGGAAGAUUGAUUCCAAGAAACUUUUACAGAAAUACAUAGCUGUUCAGGACCACGGAAAAUUAGUGCACAAAUCUCUGUCCACAUACUCCAGUUGGUCUGAUGCUGUCAGGGACAACUACAAACCCAUCCAGGUGCAUUACUUGGCCCAGGGCAAGGGCUAUGAACUGGUAGAGGUACUGGAACAGUUUCAGCCUAAAGAUCCAGCUGUGUCUGCUGCUGUGAAUGAAGAAGAUCCUUUUCUUGAAAAUUUCAACACUUACCUGCAAAUACUGCUAAGUCAGGCAUUGGAAGAAAAUUUUAUAAGUGCAAUGAUAGAGGAGAAUGAUCCUUUCUACUUGGACCCUCUUAAUGCAAUAGAUGAGAUGUUAGAGAAAACAAAGAAAUCGGUACAAUCUCAGCUCAAUUGGAAAGAUACAUUCAAGAGAGCAGUAGAAUGGAGGCCAUAUUUGAGUUUUACAGACACACAGGCUAAAGGGCAACACUGUCAGGCAUGUGAAGAUCUUCACACCCCAGCUGUCAAGAUGGUGGAGCUGUAUGGGGAGUCUUACAACAGGAAAACACUUCAGGUCAUACCAAACAGUACUAAACAUAAAGAGUUUUAUAUUGGACAGCAAGCCUCCAGAUGUCUUUCAGUGUAUCACGGGCUGCAUCAUUUCAAGUUUGCUCUUUUUAAGAGAUGUGCUGCUAAAAUCCAGGUGAUUCGUGAUACCAACAACAAGUCCCUAGAGGGCGCAGAAGUGCUAGACCAACUGUUAAUGAACAGAACUUGGGUGCUACAAUUAUUCUCAGAUCUGAAGAAACUCCUGAGUGAUGCAGACGCAUUCCAAAGGGGUUCUUUGUAGCACAGAAACACGGACACUCCAACCCAAUGCAUUGUCCAAGGCUCAAUUUGUAACUUACACUCAACUUCUGGAGCUUAAACUUGGCAUGGAAUAGCUACUGAUUUAUAUAGGCCUAAAAAUACGGGUAUGAAUAAGAUUGCUGAAAAAGACAUCCAGGAAACUACUACCAAAAUGUUGACUUGAAACAGAAUAUCACUGGCAUCACAGAAGCGAAUUGUCAUGGUUGGGGAGAAAUUUUGCAAAAUAUUUUGGAUAUUUGUAGAACCAGAAGUUCCCAACAGAAAAGGGAAUGCAUUUGGAGUCAUUAUUUUAAUUUGCAAUGGGGAAGCUCAUUGUAUCAUUUCAUUAUCCAUAAUUGUUGUUAAUGUGUUUUUAUAGUUACUGAUAAACUAAGAAGUUUGAGAAAUUUGUCCAGAUUUAAUCUAUGCCUUAUGUUAAGAUAACAUGAAAUUGAGAAAGGCAAGAGAUCAUGUAUUAGCUUAAUGCUUAAUAGGGGCAGGUCUUUGUUUUGAAAACCUUUAAUCAGUCCCGUCUAAGAGCCAGUCAUGUUGAAUUAAUUUUUUUACCUUAUGUUGAAGGGACUUUGUAAAUAUUUUUUUUUUUGCAAAGGUCAUGGUAUCAUAGUAUAAAUUUAAAAUUUGUUUUUGAUAUGUAGGUUUUUAUCAGUCUAAAAUGGGUAAAAAUGUUUUUUCCCUAUAACACCUAGAUUUUCUGACAGUUAUGAUUGUGUAGACACUAUUUCUCAUGUGUUUAUAUGGAUAAUGAAUAAGGGGAUUUAGAAAAGUUACUCCAUGCAAUAUGCUGUUCAACUACAACCAACCGUGUUAUGGUUUUCUGUGUGGGAACUUUCCCCCCCCCCAAAUUCUUAUGUCUGGAUGCAAAAUUAAUGGUUCUAGUAUUAAACAAUGACUUAUACUGUGAUGUAAAAUGUCAUACAGAAAAAAUACAGCUUAUAAACCUGUUU